AUGAGCUGCUUGAAGGCUGCAGCAUCUUACAACCAGCGAAAUUGGCAGCUGGAAGAUUGGCACACUCCAUUGCUGAGAGGACGCGGAAGACGGCAAGGGGACGCUAGAAGUAACAGAUUACGCUCGAGCGGGUGCUGCAGGAGUGGGUCUUACUCCAAGUUACGAUUGACUACAGCGGCCAGGGAGAAGUCCUCGAAGGGCUACAAAACCGUCGACGUUCUUCCUGAUUGGCUGUAG